UGAAAAAAUGGCGGCUUUCUCAAAGUAUUUGUUGAUCUCUGUACCUGUGGUGGCCUUGGCGGGUAUUGCAGCAUUAUGGUGGCAACGGAAAGAGAGAGAAAGGUCUUACACAGAAGUGGGUCGUGUUUCUAGCCUGAUCAUUUAUCCGGUGAAAUCUUGCAAAGGAAUUCGCGUAGAUAAUGCGAAGUGCUUCAAAGAAGGAAUGGAAUAUGAUAGGCGUUGGAUUCUUGUGGAUAAGAAUGAUACUUUUAUUUCUCAGCGCGUAGAUCCAAAGCUAGCUUUGGUUGUUCCUCAUUUUGAGGAUGGGAAAUAUCUCUGCCUUGAUGCCCCUGGAAUGAAAACCUUGAAACUGGACGCAGAGUUAUCAGAAGAUAAGCAGGAGUUGAAGAGGAUACUGGUGUACAGGGUUUACGGAGAAGGUCAGUAUGUUGGAGAUGAAGCUGCGGAAUGGUUCUCAAAUUAUUUGAAGAGACCUGGAUGCAAGCUGUAUAAACUCUCAUGGCCUAAAUUAAUCUGUGAGGAUAAAAAGUGGGGUGAUGUUGCUUUGCCAGGUGACAAGGCGUCAUUUGGAAAUUUUUCUCCUUACAUGAUUACAUCUGAACAAUCUUUGGUGGCUUUGAAUGGAGAACUUCCAUCACCAGUUACUAUGGAAAGAUUCCGUCCAAAUGUUGUUGUUGGUGGUCUGAAGGCAUAUGAUGAGGAUAAGUGGUCAAAAAAGAUAAUUAAGAUAGGGGACGUGGAGUUCAGAUUUCUGAAGAACUGUGGAAGGUGUUCAUUGACAACCAUAAACCCUGCAACAGGAGAAAAGGAAGGAGAUGAACCUCUGGCUACUCUGCAAAGGAUAAGGCUCCCUGAGGACAGAGAUCCAAGGCAGGGAAGAGCUCCUCUUUUUGGAGUACAGUUUGCUCUUGAUGGAGAUAAGAUGGGGGUUGUAAAAUUGGGAGACCGGGUGAUGGUCUCUACAUGACUGGAAAAUUAAGAGGCACUGACAGCCUAGUUCCCUUAAUGCUAAUUUAGAAAAUAGUUUGUGGUAAUAUAAUGCAAGAAUAAUUAUAUUUCAUGUUUACUAUUUUGUGAUUAGAUUCUUCUGGCGAUCACAGAACUCACUUAAAUGUGCCAUGCUCUCAACAUGUGGCUCUGUACAAAAGCUCAGGUGGUAGUAGCACCCUACUUGUAUGAGGGAGGCAAAGGGUUAUUCUCUGUGGAAGCUUGAACUUCUUCAGACUUCUUUCUCUGCAGUGGCAUGUGAAGAGCAAUUUGUCACAAUUUGUUAUCUCAUCCAUCCACUGGUAAAAACAUGAUUUAAUUACCUGCAAGGAUCAUAAUAUGAUAUUUUCACCAUAAUUGGUUGUAAUGUUGAAAUCGGAUGGGCCCUUACCUGUUGGCAAUCAGAGUACAGACAUUCGACAUUUGAUGUCUCUAUUGUGGUAAAAGAACAAAUUGACAGUGGUUUAGCAUGGUCUGUACUCUCAUCAAAAUGAUAUUCAUCAUUGCAGUGGUCAAAAUUUGUUGGUAACUCACUCAGCUGCGCCUUGAUAUCUAAACAUUGACCUUAGAACUGCUUCAUGUCAAUAAAAAGACUGCCAGCUGAGCUGGCAAGGCCUGCUUUUAUUUAUUAACUUCUCAAUACUAUAGUUAGGUGUUAUUGUCAAUAUACUUAUAGAGAGAGUUGGUGUUUACAAAACACUUUUAUGAGUUUAGAUGUAAUCACAGUAUCAAUUACAUUGUAAUGUAGACUCAAUAUGGAAAUUUUAAAAUACCAUGGCAUACACCAUCAAAAAUACACAGCUCUUUGUAGCAGAAUAAAGAUUGAAAUACUUAUUAUU